UCUUUUUCCGACAAAUAUUUCAAACAUUUUUCACAUAGUGGAAUGCUCUUGGGUGGUAAGAAUAGCCACAAUGACUGGGAUGACUCGGGAUGUCUUUUGUCCUGCAGCAUUUUUUAGAGUAGACUGACCACAGAGGUAAGAGGAACAAGGGUACAAGCUGCUCCUGUGACGUCUGACUUGGAGUCUCAAAGCAAAUUUUUAAAUUUUUUUUUUUUAAACUUAUUUUUAUUUUUUUUAUUAACAAUUCUUUAUGUAGAAUAAAUUGAAAUAUUUGAAUUCGGGAUUCAUUGCUAGAAGGUGGGAGCCUGACAGGCGAUGGAGUAUUUCGACUCAAUGGGAUAUUUGAUCAUCACCUUCAACUACAAUGUUACUGUGGUCGGAAAAAUUUGGUUGACAUUGAUGAUCCUUUUAAGAAUGGUGAUGGUUGUUCUUGCUGGAUACCCGCUCUACCAAGAUGAACAGGAACGAUUCAUCUGCAACACUUUACAGCCAGGCUGUUCCAAUGUGUGCUAUGAUAUCUUCUCUCCCAUGUCCCACAUGAGAUUUUGGCUUGUUCAGACUGUCAUGGUGUUCUUGCCAUAUGCUUUGUUCAGCGUCCAUGUCUUCCACAAGGUUAUGACAUACAUGGCAACUUCGAGUGACAAUUGUCGAAAAAGUAACUCCUCCACCUACCAUGGGGUGGGUUUACAAAUGGAAAUACUUGACUUCUCGAGAGCCUAUCUUGUCCAUGUGGUGUUGAAGAUUCUAUUGGAACUUGGCUUUGGGGUUGGUCAAUACUUUCUUUUUGGGAUCUUAGUUCCAAGUAGAUUUAGCUGUUCUCAGGCCCCAUGCACCAGUAAUGUAGAUUGCUAUAUCUCAAGACCUACAGAGAAGACCCUGAUGAUGAUUCUCAUAUGGUGCACUGGAGUGGUUUCUUUGAUUUUGAGUUUGGUGGACCUGGUUUGCGUGCUUCAUAGAAGAAGCCAUUCUGAGAGGAUUAAGAAACAGCUACUACUUCUCGAAAAUGAUUCUCUUAAAGGGGGUUGCUGUUCAGAAACUCCCCCACACACAAAGCUAGGUGUGACUCCGGACCAGAUGGUCAUCUACCCCAUCUGCCCUUCACACAAUCCUGAGAAAGGUGAUGAGCAAAUCAAGGGGGACUCUCAUUCUCUUCCUUCGUUUGAAGGGGAAACUGCUUCAUUUCAGACUGAGAGCUCACGACAAGACAUGGGGAAGUCUAACAUCAACACAAACAGCAAUAAAACCUGCUCAUGGCAAGUGAACGCCAUGUCAACCGGAAAUAAUACAUUUGGAAACGAACAUCAUCUACUUACCCACAGGCAAGCAAAGGCUAAGAAAGAAAAUUGCAGUAAUCCCAGUCUGGCAGAUGCGUCACAGCUCGAAAAAAACACUGGAUCGAAAAACAAAAAAUCUGAGUGGGUCUAAUAUGUUUAUAUGUGUAAUGAGAAACAUGUUAUAUUUUCUCCUUUGAUCUAUAGCUUCAUCUUAUUUGACAUAUGCUAUUGGUUAAUAGAUACAUGUAAGAGUUGAAAUGCAAAAGAUUGUUGCAUGAUUUUAAAUCAUCUGUCUAUCUUUUUUUUAGCUUUGUUUUUGCGCAUUUUGGUAUGUGUGUCUGCUCUAAUGCCAGAGCCCAUUGCAGAUGAAGA